AAGAAAAAAGAGGAGAACAGAAUAUGACACCAGAUCACGAUGGAAAUAUUUGGACUCUUUUGUUCCUCCUUUAUAUCCUCUCUUGUUUAAAAGGGCAUAGAGUUUGACUAUAUUUUUUCAUAACUGUGGGAAGCUAUAAAUCUAACCGAUGCCUGUACCGCCACCACCGCCGCCGCCACCACCUCCUCCUCCUCCACCACCACCACCUUCUGGAGGGCCUCCUCCACCACCACCUCUGACAAGUUCAGAACUACCAAAAUUGCAAAAGGAAGAGCAAAAAGCACGAAGUGCGUUGUUAGCUGAUAUCCAGCAAGGGACUCGCUUAAGGAAAGUAACUCAAAUCAAUGACCGAAGUGCACCACAGAUUGAAAAAUCCAAAGGAAGUAACAGAGAUGGAGUUAAUUCAGCCAUUAACAAAGGUGGUUCUCAGCAUCCUCUGGGGGGCUUAUUUGCUGGUGGCUUUCCUGUUCUCAGACCAGCAGGCCAGAGAGACAUGCCAGCUGGGAGGGUUGGACAGCUUCCUGGGAUCCGAGCAGCGCCUCCCAAGACUGCAGCCCCACCAAACAGCGCGGCCAAGGCGGGCAGUAACCCGGCGCAUCUGUCGGAUGGUCCAAAGACAGCUGCCCUGCCAGAGCCACCCGGCAGCUUGCGGGCCGCCGCGGCCCGGCCCGGCCUGCCUGCUCCUCCUCCACCGCCUCCUGCUGCCAGCAAACCUUCCCUCACUUUCCCUCCUCCACCACCUCUCCCCCCUCCAGCGGAAAGGCCUUGCAAGGGGAUAGUGCCCGGCCCCACGCCGCCGCCCCCUCCUCCGCAGGCUGACAAACCCGGGAAGCUUCAAGCAGCCACUUCGCACCCACCUCCGCCCCCUCCUCCCUUGCCCUCCGUGCCCCCCUGUGGAUUUCCAGGCAGGACAACUGACUUCUCUGCUCUCCCUUCCCCUCUACCUGAAAUAAGAGAUUAUCCGCUGCCCACACCGCCCCCGCUGCCGCCCCCUCUGCCCACCACGCAUUCCCAGACCCCAAGCCGGCUCUCCUUCCCGCCCUCCCCGGCCUUUAACAGUGCUAUGAGCAGUGGUGACGUGCCCCCUCCACUGCCCCCCAAGUCUCCACACUUGCUGUCGCACUUGCAUAAGCCUCAUAUUCAGUCACUCCCUCUUCCUCCCACCCCCACCCUCCCUCAGCCAGUGGUGGUGGUGGAGACCAGGAAGAAGAGACCAGGCCGAGGCGGAGGAACUGGUGCUGGGAAGCUAAUGACCCCUCCACAGCCACCAGCAAGAUCACCAACAACUGAACUUACAAGCAAGUCUGGAGUCUUAGCCUGGACAACAGUUCAUGACCCUUAUUCACACCUUAAAAAUGGAAAUAUGCAUAUCAUUGAUGACUUUGAAUCUAAAUUUACCUUCCAUUCUGUGGAAGAUUUCCCCCCACCUGAUGAAUUCAAGCCAUUUCAGAAAAUUUAUCCCAGCAAGAUAGCUAGAGAUCCUUCUAAAAAUCUUCCAUUAAGAACACAUGUGAGAUGAGAAGCGUCUUCUGAUGCGCUUUGGCUUGGUAUUAAAAAUGGAGAAGAUCAAGAUAAUAUAUGAAACACAAGGGGGUGCCUUUUACAAUGACAGAGAUAUUUGAAUUGCAAGUGCUGCAGUGUUAACAUUUCUAUAAACUGGAAGAGAAGUUUAAAUGACACUUUUAAACUAGCCUAUGCACCACAGGAAUGUUAGCAUAGGCUUUUAAUUAUUGUAUGUAUGUGGAUUUUUUUUAAGCAGAGCAUCCUAACGCUUUAAAUUCUUUGUAGUGUUCAAACAAUUCUCAUUUUAAUCAUGGCUGACAUGAUACCUCAAGUAUACUUUUUGCAUUAAAUGGCUGUUGUUCAUCCCUCUCCCAUCAUCACUUUUUAUUUUAGAAAUCCUCUGAAGUUAUUUUUCAGCUGUUUUUCAGUGAACUAUCAAAAAUUAAUGUGAUACCUUUAGUCUCUUUGCAUAUUUCUGUUUCUUGUAUUCUGCCUAUCCUCAAAUUGCAGCAGAAUGGCACCUUCAUCAACAGAUGGGCCCACAAUCCUUUUCUCACUGAGCACAAAGAGGAAGGAGAUGAUAUUGGGUUGCAGCUGUUCUUGAGCCUACCUCCUACUGAUCACACAGCCUUACAGGACAGUGAACAUGACUGAAGAAGCCCAACCAGGCAGAGUGGUUAUGGAAUUGACAAAGACAAUAGAACUUUUCCAAACUGGAUAAAGUUCUACUGGAAGCAAAAAAAAAGGGGAAUCGGGGGUGCGUGUAUGUGAAUACACAUGCCCUGAAGUAUGUGUUUAAGGGCACAUGUCUUUUGCUACUGUCAAGGUGGAUAGGAUAUUAACCAUGAAUGUGACAAGCCGUUUUUACCCAACAAGGAGAAAAAGCCCUUUGGAGCCUAACUAAGAUGCACAACACCCACAUUUUAGAAAAGCAAGUGAAGCUACUAGUGUUCACUCAUACUGAGCAGCAAUGAGGAUUCAUUGUCCAAAACAACACAUGGAACAAGGAAUCCACUUUGUGGAUUGUUGUUCCUUUGAAUAGAGUUGGUUGGUUGAGAAAUUAACAGCCUAGCAGAGAACAAGAUUCGAGCUUCCACUUUUAAUGGGCAGCUAGUGGUGAGGUCUUUGGAUCACCACUAUUCAGAUCUGGAUAUCAGCUGUCUGUUUCCAGCAAAAUAUUUCCUUAUAGUUUUCCCUAGGUAGUUCAGAGUGUGAAUAAUGUCAGGAUGAGCCUGAUACUAAGUAAGUCAGGCUAUUUAAGGUUAAGAUACUGCUUUCAUAAUUUAAAUUCCUUUUGUCAGCAGCUGUAAUAAACAUUGGCAACAGGUAAAGAUCCUUCUCCAUUGCCAUGUCUUUCAACAGCAGUAUUUGGGAGAGAGAGGUAACUGCAUCCUUACACCUCUCUGCUUUUCUCUUAAUCCUUGCAACAGCUCAGCUAUGCGCCGACUCUUAUGCAUUCUACCCUUAUGCAUGCUCAUGGUGUGGUGAUGAUGUAAGGGUAAAAAAAGUUUUUGAAGCUCUUCCACUCAUAGGACUCUGCAGUGUUAUUCAUCUUUUUUCUAGCCUAUCAUGAUACCUGGCUGUUCUUCAUGUUAAAAAAAAAAUAGUGAUGCUUUAACCAGUACUUUCUUCCACCAGUAUUAUAGUUGAUCAGUAUGCAUGAAAUGUGAUAAUAAGCAGGGGUCAGCACAUAUACUGCUUCUCUUAAACAACUGCUAAAGUUUAAUAUUGCACUGAAGCUUAUUUUGUUAAAGUACUAUUAAGAAUGAAUAUUGCUGGUUCUUAUCUGUAUUUCAAACUUGUACACAGCUGUGUAAUAACAACUACCUUUAUAAGGAUUUUAAAGCUGUUCAGGUAUCUUCUGGCAGAUGGUCUGAACAUUAAAGGAAGAAAAAUUUUA